AUGAACUCCAAAACAGAUUUCUUCAGCCAUUUCUACUUUGCACUUAACUUGGGGUCUCUCUUUUCCAGCACCAUUUUGGUCUAUUUUGAGGUUUCUGGGAAGUGGAUACUAGGGUUCCUGGUGUCAACAGGUUCAGCUAUUAUUGCCUUAGUAAUAUUCUUGUGUGGCUCACCGGGUUAUCAGCAUAUUAAACCGUGUGGCAACCCUUUGCCCCGAGUUGCUCAGGUAUUCGUUGCUGCCUUCCACAAAAGGGAUGUCGUUGUUCCUGAAAAUGGUGAUGAUUUGUAUGAGCUAGGAGGAUCAGAAUCUGCCAUCAAAGGUAGUAGGAAGAUUCUUCACAGCACUGAGCUUAAGUUCCUAUACAAGGCUGCCAUGAUGAUAGAGGCUGAUAUGGUGGACCCUAAUCCAUGGAGACUUUGCGCUGCGACUCAAGUUGAAGAAGCCAAAUGUGUUCUAAAAAUGUUGUCAAUAUGGCUAUGCACCAUCAUAUACUCUGUUAUCUUCACUCAAAUGGCCUCUCUAUUUGUCGAGCAAGGAGAUGUGAUGAACAGAGAGAUCGACAACUUCGAGAUUCCAGUUGCCACGUGGAGAUACAGAAAUGUCACAGGUAAUAUCCGGGUCUUUUAUCGGUGCUGCCCACUCAGAAAGGAGGAGCUAUCAGCUGGUAUUGUGACAGUUGUAGACUCAGAUAUCUCGCUAAUGGUGAUUUCAGUGUUGGGUGGGAUGCCAAGUGUGCUGAGGAACAGGCAUGAUUGA